GAGUCCGAGAAUCGAGUCGAUCCGAGUCGACUCGACUCUACCAACUUACCGCAUCAAGCAGCAGCAGCAGCAAAUUCAAGGGCAAACGGGGGAGAGAGAGAGAGAAGAUAAGCGAAUCAGAGGGGGAAAAAAGUCACGAGUCCGAGUGUGGCUGGCGCCUACGAAUGGGCUUUCGAACAUCCCCUCCCUCCCAACACAAACGCGCGACUUCUUUUCCCCUCUUGAAAGCGUCCAACUUCACAAUCGAAAGCAGCCAAAGGGGAGGCCCCUUUUGAGCCAUCUGUCUCACUGCACGGGGGAUUCAAAGAGGAGCGAAGCAAGAGCAUCUUGCUCGAAUUUCCUGCUCGCUUUGUCUUUGUCAUCCAGGUUGCAACACAGCUGAAAGGAGGGAGGACACGCUACAGAGCGAAGGAAAAGUCAUGACAGGUCGACCAGCUCCCGAGGUGAUUCAGGAAUGGGCAGAUGGCGAUUCAGGCUGGACUUUUGAACGCGGUAGGAUGGAGAGGAAUGUGAGGGAUAUAUGUUUCGAUAGACCUGCUGUCUAUGCGCCUCCUGCCACCACCACCACCGCCGCCGCCGCCGCCGCCGGUAGCAACAGCACAAAUGCGAUCAAGUUGAAAAAGGAUGAUGUGGAUUUCAUCGUCAACGAGCUUUGGAUUUCUAGAGCAGCAGCUGAGAAAGCUUUGCGUGCUAGUGUGGGGGAUGUGACGUUGGCUAUCAAAUCCAUCGUCCUGCCUCGGGAGGAUUUGUGAGGGUGAGGGAUCAGCGCUGGACGGGAGGAGUGGAGGGGUGAUGUGAAGGAAGGUGUGAUAGCGAGAGGGAGCGAGAGGGAGCGAGAGGGAGCGAGAGGGAGCGAGAGGGAGGUUGAGAGAGGGAGAGCAGAGGGCGUACGAGCCUGGAGUUGUAGGAUUCUGCAUGAAAUGUAAACGCGCAAAAGGUAGCAAUUCGAACUUCGAGACUUGGAAUGAUGUGAGAUAAAGCAAAGAGGG